AUGUCGAACUCCACUGUCCACGUGAAGGGCAUCAGCUCGCAGACGAGUGAGAAGGAAGUCCGUGACUUCUUCAGCUUUUGCGGCAAGAUCCAAUCCCUCUCCGUCACCCCCGAGCAUGGCGAGCAAGGCGCCAACCAAUCCGCGACCGUGACCUUCGAGAAGGAGACCGCCGCUAAGACCGCCCUUCUCCUCGACAACACCCAGCUCGGGCCAGCUCAGGUCCACGUCUCCUCGGCCGCUUCGCUCGACCAGAUCGCCGGUGGUAGGACCGCAGGCGCUUCUAGCGACGAGAGUCAUGAUGACAUCGCCCAGGAGGACAAGCCGCGUUCGCGCAUCGCUGCCGAGUACCUCGCCCACGGCUACGUGCUUUCUGACUCCGUGAUCCAGCGUGCCCUGGCGAUGGACCAACAGCAUGGCAUCAGCCAACGCUUUAGCACUGCCCUGUCACAAUUCGACCAGAAGUACAAGGCGACUGACCGUGCAGCGGCUGUGGACCAGAAGUACGGCAUCACCGCCACCGCGAACUCGUACUGGCGUGGCCUGAACUCCUACUUCGAGAAGGCUACCAACACGCCCACCGGCCAGAAGCUGCGUUCAUUUUACGACCAGGGCCAGAAGCAGGUGUUGGACGUGCAUAAUGAGGCGAAGCACCUGGCUUCGCUGAAGUCGGGCAAGAACCCAGAGAGCAUGAACAUGCACAACGUGGAGGGUAACCGCACGAAGUGCAACUGCGGUGGUGCAGAGGGCGUGUGUCCCUGUGAACCGGGCAAAUGCGCUUGCACCACUUGUGCGAAGAACCCGGACGAGACGUCGGCGAGCAAGGAGACUGCGCAUGAGAAGGCGGAGACCACGAAGGUGUAA